AACGUUAAGUUCACAUUGUAGGAAUACAAUCAGCCAGUUCGUUGCGAUCGAAUUAAUAAUUACAUCACGACAAAGAAAAAGUAUUUCAACGAAGAACACACUAUCAAGAGGACUAUUGAAGAAUCCUGGACAUUACAAAGUUUUAACAUUGUAUUUGUUAUACCUGCCACUUCAACAAAACGAUCGGUAUCGUCACUUUGACAAUCACGAACAUUAAUAUCAUCGGAUAGUGUACUUCCUAUAACUUCGAAGGAUGACGAAAAUGCAACGUAAUUUAGUCAUUGGUCUAAUGCUUUAUUUCGGUUUGCUUACAACAUUAGAAGCAUUUCGUCCACAAGAAGAGAACACAUUACGAUUUGUGAGCGUGCUAUUCAGACAUGGCGACCGUACUGUAGACACUGCAAAUAAUGAAUCAUUCCCAACUGAUCCAUAUAAAACCUUUAACUAUUAUCCGGAUGGCAGCGGUCAGUUAACUAAUGCCGGCAAGAAGAGAGUAUAUGAAAUUGGAUUGAUGCUAAAAAACAGAUACAAGAAAUUUCUCGGAUUAUUAUAUUAUCCGCCAAAUGUCUACAUACGUUGCACGAUGAUCCCUAGGACCAAGACAUCCGCACAGAUAGUUCACGCGGCACUUUUCUCACCUACUGGCGAGCAAAAGUGGAAUCUGGUACUUCCUUGGCAACCAGCAGAUAUCAAUUACAUUCAUGAUGCUCAAGAUAUGCUGCUGUUUCCAAUUCUGUGUCCCGUGUAUAACAGACUUUAUCAAGAAAUGCUACAAACUCCAGAAAUAAAAAAACAAUUAGCAGAAUUUGCUAAUUUAAGGGAAAAACUGUCAAUAUGCACAGGAAAAAAUAUUAACACAAUGUAUGACUGUUUUCUUGUGUAUGGUACUUUGCUUGCACAAAAACAUUAUGGAAUACCUACACUGCCAUGCGUGCAAGAAAUGUUUCCAAAUGGUAAACUUUUGGAUGCUGUUAAUUUCCAAAUGAAACUAUUUAGUUAUGGCCUGUUAAAUAAAAUAAAUGGAGGUAUAUUGUUACGCAGAAUAAUUAACGAUAUGGAACAGAAGAAAAAUGGAACCUUAAAAGAUCGAAGGAUCAAUCUCUAUUCUGGACACGACUUCAAUCUGGCCGCAUUAUUGCAGGCUUUAAAUAUAUAUAAUAAUGAAAUUCCAAAAUACGGAAGCUGUAUCAUGAUAGAAUUGCAUGAAAUGAAUAACGAGUAUUUUGUGAAAGUAUUAUAUUAUUUAGGUAUACCAACAAGAAUAGAAGAAAAGGUCAUCCCUGGCUGUGAGGUAUUAUGUCCGUAUAAUAAAUUCGUUCAAUUAUUAUCGGCAACAACUGCGACGAACGAAGAAUCGCAAUGUCCAGAAAAAAUGAACUUAAGUUUUAAGAUGACGAAAAUGCAACAUAGUUUAGGCAUUGUUCUAAUGCUUUGUUUCGGUUUGCUUACAACAUUAGAAGCAAUUCUUAUUCGAGGCGAAGAGUCAUUACAAGACGAUACAUUACGAUUUGUGAAUGCGGUAUUUAGACAUGGCGAUCAUACUGCAGACACUGCAAAUAAUGAAUCUUUCCCAAAUGAUCCAUACAAAACCUUUGACUACUAUCCUGAUGGUAUCGGUCAGUUAACUGAUCUCGGCAAGAAGAGAGUAUAUGCACUCGGAGUGAUGCUAGAACUCAGAUACAGCAACUUUCUCGGAUCAUAUUAUUAUCCGCCAAAUGUCUACACACGUUGCACGAUGAUCCCUAGGACCAAGACAUCUGCACAAAUAAUUCACGCGGCACUUUUCUUACCUAUUGAUAAGCAAAAGUGGAAUGUGGUACUUCCUUGGCAACCAACAGAUAUCAAUUACAUGCAUGAUGCUCAAGAUAUGCUGCUGUUUCCAAUUCGGUGUCCCGUAUAUUACCGACUGUAUCAAGAAAUGCUACAAACUCCAGAAAUAAAAGCAAAAGUAGCAGAAUUUGAUGAUUUAAGGAAAAAACUAUCGAUAUGCACAGGAAAAAAUAUUACCUCAAUAUAUGACUGUUUUCUUGUGUAUAACACUUUGCUUGCACAAAAACAUUAUAACCUAUCUACACUCCCAUGCACGGAAGACAUAUUUCCAAAUGGCAAACUUUUGGAUGCUGUUAUUUUCCAAAUGAAACUAUUUAGUUAUGGCCCGUUAAAUAAAUUAAAUGGAGGUAUAUUGUUACGCAGAAUAAUUAACGAUAUGAAACAGAAAAUAAAUGGAACCUUACCAGAUAGAAAGAUCAAUCUCUUUUCUGCACACGACUUAAAUGUGGCCGCAUUAUUGCAGGCUUUAAAUAUAUAUAAUAACGAAACUCCAAAAUACGGAAGCUGUAUCAUAAUAGAAUUGCAUGAAAAGAAUAACGAGUAUUUUGUGAAAGUAUUAUAUUAUUUAGGUAUACCAUCAAAAACAGAAGAAAAAGUCAUCCCUGGCUGUGAGGUAUUAUGUCCGUAUAAUAAAUUCGUUGAAUUAUUAUCGGAGACAACUGCGACAAACGAAGAAUCACAAUGUCUAGGAAAAAUGAAUUUAAAUUUAAAAUUUUAACAAUUUGAUUUUCGAUUAUUUUUAUAAAUUCUCUUCAUGAUGCAGUAAUUCAUAUUUGAUUGAUUGAAUUUGACAACACAUUUGAACGGCAUUUUAAAGAUUUUUGAAUAAUUUUUAAAUAAAAACACAUUUGA